AUGCCCAUUGGUAUGUCACCUUAUCGGUUGGUGUUUAGGAAACCAUGCCACCUUCCAGUUGAGUUAGAACACAAGGCUUAUUGGGCUAUCAAGAGUUUCAACAUGAAGAUGGAUGAAAGUGGAGAACACAGGAAGUUGCAACUACAAGAGUUAGAGGAAAUUCACAAUGAUGCCUAUGAGAGUGCAAGGAUUUACAAGGAAAAGGCAAAGGUUUUUCAUGACAAGAUGAUCUCUAGGAAGGAGUUUAAAUUUGGUCAAAAAAGUCCUUCUAUACCAUUCACGGCUUCGUUUGUCUCCAGUUUAGCAACUUCCAAAGUGUUCAAGGUGAAUGGCCAUAGACUUAAGCCUUUCUAUGAAGGUUUACAAGUUGAGGAUGUGGCAAAGUUGGACCUUAAGGAUCCGAUUUAUACUGAUUGA